GGCCAGUAAUCGAGUGGCCCAGGUAGUAACCCAGGUUAAAGCUACAUCAUGAAGAUCGUUCUCUCUACUAUGCUUAGCUACUUUCUACUGGGACUGGUUCUGUCCCAUACCAGCAUUGCAACUGCCACAUCUGGAGUGAUACCGACGUAUCCAUCAGCAGUUCCGGCUGCUUUACCCGCCGUUGUUCCAGUGGCCACAAGUCAUCAGUUUGUCACUCGGAACUGGAAUAGAGCCUAUGUGCCUACAACAACAGUAGCCACUUAUCCGACCACCUACUAUAAGUACGGCGGAGGAUAUCCAGCUUAUCCCGCCUAUAGUUAUCCUUAUGCCCCGACCUAUCAGUACACCUACCCGUACUACUACCCCACAUAUAACUAUGUUUAUGGCUAUAAGGGUGUCUGGUGAAUGUUGCAUCACAGAAGGCAAUGCCACAUGGUUAACAUACCGCACCAUAAAUCUAUUGUGAUAACAAUCGUUACCAAAUUACAUUGUUUUAAAUAUAUAUCAAUGGAUAUAUAAAACAAUUAUGUUACAUAAAUAUAUUCAAAUAUAUAUACAGAAAA